AUAGUAGCUAUAUAGCUUGAUCCUAAGCUAUGGCCUUCAACACUUUCUACGCCCAAGCUUUGUCACUUCUUUUUGCUCUCUUCUUUCUCUUCUCUUCCUUCGCGAUCGCACAAUCCGAUUCUACGCCCCCCUCGGAGUGCGAAGCCUCUGCCGCUCAUGGAGAGUGCCACAAUAAGCCCCAGGCGCUUCGCCUCAAGAUCAUCGCCAUCGUCACCAUCCUCACCGCCAGUAUGGUCGGCGUCUGCCUCCCCCUCUUCUCGCGGUCGGUCCCCGCACUCCGCCCCGACCGUAACCUCUUCGUCCUCGUCAAGGCCUUCGCUUCUGGCGUCAUCUUGGCCACCGGAUACAUGCACGUUCUCCCUGAUUCCUUCGACGACUUGGGUUCGCUGUGCCUGCCGGAGAACCCCUGGGGCAAGUUCCCAUUCACGGCAUUCGUGGCCAUGCUGUCGGCGGUUUUCACGUUGAUGGUGGACUCUUUGAUGCUGAGUUUCUAUAAUAGGAAGGGGAGGAGCGAGGGGGCGGUGGCGGUUGUGGACAAUGAGAGUCCGAUGCAUGAGGUGGCGAGUGCCGUGCAUGGCCACGGUCACGGUCAUAUGCACGGCCAUGGCGGGCUGCCACAGCUGGUCAAGGAUGAUGGUGAAGCGGAGAAGAUAACAUUGCGUCGAAACCGCGUCAUUGCGCAGGUUUUGGAGAUGGGAAUAGUGGUACACUCGGUGGUGAUAGGCUUGUCCAUGGGAGCUGCGCAGAACAUCUGCACCAUCAGGCCUCUUGUAGCUGCACUGUGUUUCCACCAACUAUUUGAGGGAAUGGGCCUUGGUGGCUGCAUCCUCCAGGCCGAAUACGGGAUGAAGAUGAAAUCCAUCCUCGUCUUCUUCUUCUCCACCACGACGCCGUUUGGGAUUGCGCUUGGAAUCGCGCUGUCGAACGUGUACAGCGACAACAGCCCCACCGCGCUCAUCGUGGUGGGGCUACUGAAUGCGUCGUCCGCGGGGCUUCUCAACUACACGGCGCUCGUGGAUCUCCUCGCCGCCGACUUCAUGGGGGCCAAGUUGCAGGGAAGCAUCAAGCUUCAGAUGCUCGCGUUCGCCGCCGUGCUUCUUGGCGCCGGGGGCAUGUCCGUCAUGGCAAAAUGGGCUUAAGAACAGUGCACGUAACCAUAUAGAUGGCCCUUCUACGUACUAUUCUGAUAUUGCGACUUGAUUCUUCACUUUCAUUGCUCGAACACCUCGGACCAUCAAAAGUUUUUACAUAUAUUUCUUUUGUGAAUACAUAUAAUAUAUAGCUUGUUUGUUUUACCUUACUAUCGAAUAUGAUCAAAUAAAAGAGUAUUUUCUAAUGAAAAUUAAGCUCAUUUAAUGAGUUAGAAGUUUAAUAAUUUAUGAAAAAUUUAAGAAGCCCAGUCGCAAUAUCCAAACAAUACAAGGCGCAUCCGUACAUUUUUUGUGCUUAAUGAUUGUGUCUGUAUGUGUAGUGAAACCACAUGCAAAUAGGAGUAGCAUUUAAAUGUGUGCAUUUUUUUACCAAUUGUUUUUGUUAAAAAAAAAAAAAAAAUGGUGCUUUGAGCCAUAAAGUGAAUAGGCGAGUACAAGAUUGUGCUAUUCGUGGAAAGUAAAAACAAAAGAUUGUGUUUUAUUGCAAUUGUAAGAUUUGAAUGAGAAGUGCAUGGCCUCUGAUCUUUAUCCAUUUCUUAA